CCCCCAUGAAAUCUGUAUAGUAUAGGUAAAAGCACUCAAGAGAUCAGAUUUUGAGGGCGGGGAGACAAGAUUUCAUGGUCCGUGAUGCAAUUUUCAUGGCUGUGAAUUUGGUAGGGCCCUAAUUAUGCCUGAAAAGCCUACUCAUGUUCAUUUUCCAUUCAAGCACAGAGUGGAGCCAUGUCGGAGGUCUGGCAACUCUCUGCUCUUUGCCUUCUGUGACUCCCUUUGCCUAUAGGCUGGUGCCAGGGAAGCUCCCUGUUCAAGUGGUGAACAGUGGCAUAGGGAUUAAAUUGUUGUACCUCACAUCCAGGCUUUCCAUUCCCACUGUGAGCUUUCCUUUUCAUGGAUGCAUAGGAAGCAGGCUUAGACUUGGCAAUCAGAUGGAGCUUGGUAAGUCCCAGCUGUGCCUAGUAACUGCAACAUGUGGUUCUCAGACUUCAUGUUGUAUUUCUCUUCAGAGCACAAGAAUUUAAAAUUUUACUCCUGACUUGUUCCAAAUUCUUUUGUGGGGGUCCCCAAAUUAAACCCCUCUGGAGCUGUCCAGCUCCCGUCUCCACCAUGGCCACUCCUCAGCCAAAGCUUUUGCGGGGUGGAGAAAACUACUGAAGUAACAAAGGCAGCGCGACUAGGCCGUGUACACUCUGGUGCUCCCCCUUCAACUGUGCAUUGGUGGAAGCCCCUUCACCCAGCUACAGGACCCAGGUAGCAGCUUCCUCCUGCAAGCAGGCCAGAGUGGCUAUUUCCGAGCAGGCCCAAUGGAGGAAGUGGUUCCCUCAAAGCCCUACCAGUGCCACCUCCAUGAGCAGUGUCUGCCCCAUGCCCUUCACAAUGCAGGUAUCAGCAGGCAUGGUGGAUGCCCCAGCUCCUGCGUCCCCUGUAUAGCAGCGCCACAGAAGAUGCAUCUAUUUUUCCAAAGGAUGCAUGAGACUUCAGCAGUCUGUCUGAGCUACCUCUGCUUCUUGCUCUGCUCCUCUGGCCCCUGCUCCAGCGACCAUAUCCACUAUCUGCAGGGACCCCCUACCACAACUUCUCCUGUAAUGACCCAGACAGGGAUUGAUGCAUCAUGCCUUACCUGGGAAGGGCAGCAAUGCCAGGGCAAAACAGCUAUAGUUGAAAAACUCUCCAGCCUUCCUUUUCAAAAAAUACAGCACAGCAUCACAUCACAAGACCAUCAGCCCACACCUGACAGUUGUAUACUCAGUAUGGUUGUGGGACAACUUAAGGCUGACGAAGAUCCUAUCAUAGGAUUCCACCAGAUAUUUAUAUUAAAGAACAUCAAUGAUGCCUGGGUUUGCACCAAUGACAUGUUCAGGCUAGCACUGCACAACUACGGCUGAGCUGGUACCCCCAAGGCACCUGUGCUUUCUCUUUCUCCUCUCCUUUACUGAUAUAUUCACAUUCACGGAACAUUCCAAAUAUCCUACACAAACCUGCAACACCGCAGUGAGCGAGCGAGCAAGAUCCAUGACCUGCCCUUCUGCCAAGUUUACGUUGUGUCACUAGAUGAGUUUCUUGUGCAUGAUGUUUGGAAGUUAGACUUAGCUGCAUUUGACAAGAGAAAUGUGUGUUGUACCAGCAUGCCUUGGAAAGAAUCCAUAAUGCAAAAGGUUGUCUCUUUAUGUACUGACCAGUUGCUCUAGUAACCCAAAGAAAUGAAAGGAAAGAACAGCAGCCUGUACAGCCCAGAUACUGAUUUGUUCAGAUGUUUCAAUGCUACAUUAUACAAUAAUAAAACCAUGAGAUUUUCUUAACAGUUUAAA